CACAAGGACUCUACCUAAAUAAUACCUCCCACUCUCCACACCACUAACUACUUACUAUACUUUCUCUUCCAUUGUCUCACUCACUCCUAUCACUCUCACCCCCCUUUCACUAUCCAUUGAAUACAACACAACUACAACCAUCCAUCAUGGGUAAAAAGGCAGUUCAGUUCGGCGGUGGUAACAUUGGCCGUGGCUUCGUGGCUGAGUUCCUCCACGCCGCCGACUAUGAAGUCGUCUUCGUUGAUGUCAUGGAUAGCGUCAUCAACUCCCUCCAACAGACCCCGUCAUACGACGUCACCGAGGUUAGCGAAGAAGGUGAGAACACCAAGACCAUCACCAACUAUCGCGCUAUCAACUCCAAGACGCACGAGGCCGAUGUCGUUCAGGAGAUUGCCACGGCCGAUGUGGUCACCUGUGCCGUCGGUCCAAACAUCCUCAAGUUCAUCGCGCCGGUCAUUGCUAAGGGCAUUGAUUCGCGCACGGAGAAGAAGCCCGUCGCGGUGAUUGCUUGUGAGAAUGCUAUCGGUGCCACAGAUACCUUGCACGGCUUCAUCAAGCAGCACACCGGCAAGGACCGUCUGGAGUCCCUCUACGACCGUGCCCGCUUUGCCAACUCGGCGAUUGACCGCAUCGUCCCCAACCAGCCCCCGAACAGUGGCCUCAAUGUUCGCAUCGAGAAGUUCUACGAGUGGGCGGUUGAACAGACUCCCUUCGGUGAAUGGGGUCAUCCCGACAUCCCGGCCAUCCACUGGGUGGACAACCUCGAACCCUACAUCGAACGCAAGCUCUUCACGGUCAACACUGGUCAUGCUACCACAGCCUACUACGCUCACAAGCGGGGCAAGAAGAUGAUCGCCGAGGCUCUCGAAGACCCCGAGAUCCGUGAGACGGUGCACAAGGUGCUCGAGGAGACUGCAUCGCUCAUUGUGUCUAAGCAUGAAAUCUCGGAGCAGGAGCAGAAGGAAUACGUCGAUAAGAUCGUCAACCGAAUCUCGAACCCGUAUCUGGAGGACAACGUCGAGCGUGUGGGACGUGCCCCUGUCCGCAAGCUGUCUCGCAAGGAGCGGUUCAUCGGACCUGCGUCGCAGCUCGCCGAGCGUGGCCAGAAGUUCGAUGCCUUGUUGGGCGCCAUCGAGAUGGCUCUCCGCUUCCAGAACGUCCCUGGCGAUGAAGAAAGCGCCGAGCUUGCUCGCAUUCUCAAGGAGAACUCGGCCGAGGAUGCUACUUCCGAACUCACCGGACUAGAGAAAGACCACCCGCUCUACUCUCAUGUGGUUGAGCGCGUGUCCACGGUUCAGCACGAUACCAAAUAAGCGAUGUGACACCUAAGCGUUUCGCUCUACAUACAACGCUCCUUUAUCACCUGAAAACGAAGGGUUCUGAGUCCAUCACCGACAUGGAUCGCCCGAGGAAUAUUUGAUAUGAUACCACACCGUUCUGCCCGCUGGACGGGCAUGAACCGCAUGGGAUACG